AUGGAAAAUGAGUUGCCAUUAAAAUUUGCGUUACUCUUUUAUUUUGCUGGCAUUACAGCCAAUGGGUACAUUGAAAACGAUCUGAGUGAAGAUAAUUUAUUAUUUAUUAAAGAAGAAGAUCGACCUCAAGUUAUUGUCUUGGAUGAAGAAAAAGAUAUGAGCAAAGAACAGCUAGAUAAGGAGCUGGCAAAACAAAAGGAAGAGAAUGAUCGUGGCUUUUCAGGCAAAAUGAUAGAAGAAAGGAAAAUAACAUUUAAAAAACCUAUAAAGCGAAAAGAAUUAGACGAUAUUUCGAAAAAUUCAUCAAAAAAAAAUAGGCAAUGUGGUCAGACAGCAGCUGUGAGUUCCAAUGGCCGACUGCUUUCUUUUGGAGAUGAAGAUGACGAAUAA